ACUCUAUAAAAGCAUUUUCUUGUGUACUUUCGAGAGUACAGAAGAGAGGAGAUGGACUACGGAGGAACGUCCAACUUGCAGACUGGAUUUCCUCUCCUUGUCCAGCAAUUCAGAGCUCUGCUAAAGAAGAAUCUCCUUCUUUCAUGGAGGAAUAGAAGAGCUACCUUUCUGCAGCUUUUCUCUUCCUUGUUCUUCAUCUUUCUCAUUUUCUGCAUCGAUAAGGCCAUUCAUGCUCGUUUCUCUACGACCACCUCUUAUAAGAACGUCUACGAUCCGGAGCCCGUGAUCUCUCCUCCAAUUCCUCCGUGCGAGGACAAGUUCUACGUUAAACUCCCAUGCUUCGAUUUCGUCUGGAGUGGGAAUGGAAGUGUGAAAAUUCAGUCAAUUGUACGGAGGAUCAUGGCGAAUAAUCCAGGAAGACCGAUUCCAUCCAGUAAGGUUAAAUCCUUCGGGACAGCUGAUGAAGUGGAUGAUUGGCUUUUCAAUAAUCCUAUGCAUUGUCCUGGAGCUCUACAUUUUGCUGAAAGAAAUGAAACUGUAAUCAGCUAUGGAAUUCAAACUAACUCAACUCCACUAGCCAAGAGGGGACACUUUGAGGACCCCACUUUUAAGUUUCAAAUUCCACUUCAAAUUGCUGCAGAGCGUGAAAUUGCUCGGUUCCUGAUUGAAGAUCCAAAUUUUAGUUGGGUUGUGGGGCUUAAGGAAUUUGCACACCCUGCCAUAGAAAUCUUCUCUGCUGUAGGGACAGUGGGACCAACAUUUUUUCUUGCAAUUGCCAUGUUUGGUUUUGUCUUCCAAAUUAGUUCUUUGCUAACAGAGAAAGAACUCAAACUCCGCCAGGCAAUGUCUAUAAUGGGUCUCUAUGAAUCUGCCUAUUGGUUGUCAUGGUUCACUUGGGAGGCCUUGAUUGCAGUUCUUUCAUCACUUUUCACAGUUCUCUUUGGAAUGAUGUUUCAAUUUGACUUUUUCUUGCAUAACAGUUUUGCAAUUGUGUUCCUUCUGUUCUUGCUUUUCCAAGUCAAUAUGAUUGGUUUUGCCUUCAUGGUAUCAACUUUCAUUAGCAAGUCAUCAUCAUCCACAACUGUGGGAUUUUCUGUAUUUAUAAUUGGAUUUCUGACACAGCUAGUAACAACAUUUGGAUUUCCCUACAGCAGUGAUUACUCUAGAAAAUAUCGAAUCAUCUGGUCCCUGUUCCCUCCUAACCUUCUUGCUGAAGCUCUUAAUAUUCUCUCAGAUGCAACAGCUACUCCUCAAGAUGAUGGGAUCAGCUGGAGCAGACGGGCUAAUUGUCCCCCCAAGGAUUCAGAGUGUGUGAUAACUAUUGAUGACAUAUAUAAAUGGCUCAUCUCAACAUUCUUUGUGUGGUUCCUUUUGGCUAUCUACUUUGACAAUAUUAUCCCCAACUCAUCAGGUGUGAGAAAAUCGUUGUUUUACUUUUUGAAGCCCGGGUACUGGACAGGAAAAGGUGGAAACAAAGCGGAAGAAGGUGGAGUGUGUAGUUGCACCGGUUCAAUUCCAGAGCUGGAGAACAUCACUCCAGAUGAUGAAGACGUUCUUCAAGAGCAAACCGGUGUAAAACAACAAGUCAAUGAAGGUGCAGUUGAUCCAAAUGUUGCAGUCCAAAUACGUGGUCUAGCAAAGACAUAUCCUGGGACUACAAAUAUUGGUUGCUGCAGAUGCAAGAGAACUUCUCCUUACCAUGCUCUUAGGGGCUUAUGGGUGAACUUCCCAAAGGAUCAACUAUUUUGUCUUCUUGGACCCAAUGGAGCUGGCAAAACAACUGUCAUUAAUUGUUUAACUGGCAUUACACCAGUGACAGGGGGAGAUGCACUGAUAUAUGGAUAUUCCAUUCGAAGUUCCAUUGGUAUGUCAAGCAUUCGAAGAAUAAUAGGAGUUUGUCCUCAGUUCGAUAUUCUCUGGGAUGCCUUAACUGGUCAAGAGCACCUCCACCUCUUUGCUAGUAUUAAAGGCCUUCCUCCUGCUUCAAUCAAAUCGGUUACCAAGAAAUCAUUAGAGGAGGUGAAACUCACUGAGGCAGCCAAAAUGAGAGCCGGGAGCUAUAGUGGAGGGAUGAAGCGCCGCUUAAGUGUAGCAAUAGCACUUAUUGGUGAUCCAAAAUUGGUCAUCUUGGAUGAGCCAACUACUGGUAUGGAUCCAAUCACUCGGAGGCAUGUAUGGGACAUCAUUGAAGAUGCAAAGAAAGGCCGAGCUAUAGUCCUAACAACUCACUCAAUGGAGGAAGCUGACAUUUUAAGUGACCGCAUAGCAAUCAUGGCAAAGGGGAAGCUCCGUUGCAUUGGAACCUCGAUCAGGUUGAAGUCAAAGUUUGGAACUGGCUUUAUUGCUAAUGUAAGCUUCCUUGGAAGCACUCCUGGGCAGACUCCUAAUGUUAAUGGCGAUGCAUUUGCUACAACUGAACCUUACCGUCAAGCUGUGAAGCAGUUUUUCAAAAAUCAUUUAGAUGUCAUGCCUAAAGAGGAGAACAAGGCCUUCCUGACUUGUGUUAUUCCUCAUGAAAAGGAGGGGUUGUUGACGAAAUUCUUUGCGGAACUUCAAGAUAGGGAAAGAGAGUUUGGCAUAUCAGAUAUCCAACUUGGACUAACAACUCUGGAAGAAGUGUUUCUGAACAUUGCAAAGCAGGCAGAGCUAGAAAAUUCUGCAGCUGAAGGGAGCUUAGUAACUUUAACUUUGACAUCAGGAACCUCAGUUCUAAUACCUGUAGGAGCCAAGUUUAUUGGGAUUCCAGGAACAGAAUCCCAAGAAAAUCCAAGGGGUCUUAUGGUUGAAGUAUACUGGUCACAAGAUGAUGCAGGCUCCCUCUGCAUUUCAGGUCAUUCACCUGAAACGCCAAUACCCCCGAAUGUUCACCCAAUGGCUUCUUCUGCAGCAACUCCUCGCAGAACAUUCUUAGGCAGGAAACCAGCAGUACAGGGAUUAGUAAUUGAUCCUCAUCAAAUUGAAAAUACAAAUUAGUACUGAUUUUAUAAAGUAAAAUUGCACAAUUUUUCGUGAAGCCGUCUUGUAUCAUAUAGAACUCGUCAAUGAUAUCAUACCUUUUUGUUUCA